GAGUUCCUGCACCUCUGCUUUCCUUUCUUUCUUCUUGCCUGAGAAAACCCACAAAUAAUCCCAUUAAAAAUCCUGCUCGACCUCUUUUUUCCUUUCCUCCGUGAAAAAUCAAAUUUACGUCUUUUUAAUUUUUUCUGUGUGAAUUCUUAGCUAAUAUUGCUAUAUCGGUGGCCUUGAUAUGUAAUUGGUGCAUUGUAGGGUAAUUUGCAACUUGCAAAUUUAUAUGCUGAUACCGACAAUGUAGAGCUCAAAGGCCUGAAAUAAUUGCUGAAUUGAAUUAUUUCUUAAGGCAUUGUAUCUGCAAGUUGCAAGUGUAUAUUCUUUUCUCAAAGAAGCCGUUCCUGGUGUUUUAAGAAUCCACUGGCUACUCUCAAGAAGAUGUGCUCCUUCAGAAGCCCAAAGCUGGGGUAUGUAUAGCUUCAAAUCAUUCUUAAUCAGAAUGCCUAAAUUACCCUUGAAUUAGGCUUUCUGAUCUAGAUUUGGAUGUGGGUUAGUAUCAGUUACUGAGUAAUAUAAUGCUUGCAGCUCCUGAAGCCUACUUUCACAAUUAUAUGUGAUAAAGAUUCAAAAUGCUUCCUUUGAUAAAGAUUCAAAAUGCUUCCUUUUAUUGAUUUAUGGAACCCAUAGCAUCAAAGAUACACUAACAACAGCUAGUGGUGUAGUGGUACCUUUCCUCUCUUUUAUUUUGCAUGAUGGUGGGAUUUUCAUAUUCUGGGAUAGUUGUUGCUGCUCGUUGGAUUGCUAAGGUCAACACUCCUUCCUUCCUUAAGGCUCUCAAUGACUAUCCUGACUACAAAGUUAAGGCUUCUAGGAUCACUUAGUGUACAAAGGACAGCAAAUAUUCUUGUACAAAAGAGAACAAAUAUCUGCCACAGAUUUGUGGGGUGCAUUCCAAGGCCAAGGAUAUGCAUUACUAUUAUGGUCGAUUAUAUUGUUCCAGCGGUUCUUCAGCAACUUGACGUGCUGAAAUACAGUUCAAAGCUUGCCAAAUUGAUUGUGGCUAAUAAUGAAAUAGAUUCAGGCAGUGAGGAGGAAGUUAAGCUAUGGACUUGCUCCAUAUAUGCUGUGGAGAGGAUGAAGGAGUUGAUCAGUAAAAAAUUAGGGAAGCAAGUGUUGCUGAAUUCCUUUGACAUUUCUAGCAAUUUUGUACUUGUAUAUUUCCUUUUGGUAUUUCAAUGAUUUUCACUCUUUUUGUUUAGAUCAAUGUAUGUCUUUUUAUUAUUUUUCUUUUCCUUUUUUUUUUUCCAAUAGUAUAUAUAAUCUUUCUCUUUGUUUUCUUAGUGUUUUCCCAUUAUUUUUAUUUAUUUAUUUAUUUAUCUUUUGUAUUUAGGUGCUUAGUGUGGAGUUAGACCUUUGGCUUUGGUCUUUUGGCAUUCAAUUUCCAUCUUUGCUACACCACCGAACACUUUCAACAUAUUACUGAGCUCACCAUAUCCGAUGGUGUCCUUCUUAAUUUAUGCUUCUGACUGUAAGAUUAUAGGAACAAGCAUAGUAAGUUUUGGGGCGAAGUCAUUAGACAGAUGUGUCUAUAAAUUCCUCGCAUCUAUUUUUCUUUUUGCAUGGUUGUAGCUUUUCUUAAUUUUGAGAAGUACUACUAAUAUUAGCCUUGAGUUGAUGAACCAAAAACUUAUUGUUUUAAAAAUUGAACAUUUGAUAUGUUGCUAUUACCUAUUUU